GCUCGUAAUUCUGGCGAGGUGAACGUGUUCGUUGAGUCCAGAGUCGCUGGCCAACAAACAGUUCUUCCUUUCGGUUGUUCAGUGUACCAACUACCUCAGUGCCGGUAGGACUAAACUCGGUCUCCUCUCUCUUUCCUCGAUCCUUCUACGUCAAAAAAGAAAAUAUACAGCGUGAGAGGGAGCGACCCUGAAAAUUGUAUCAGUAGCACGUGGACGUUCGGUCGAUUUCGGCCGGCGUCGGGAGGGGAGUUUUCCUUUCCAUGGUUCCACCCUCGGUUCCACCCCAUAUGCCACAGAGUCUGCCUCUUCACCCUUGCUCAGACCGUACUACGCUCAGACCUGCUAUAGCCUAACCUAACCUGGAAAUUCAAUUCAGUUUUAAACUUUUAAAGUGUGUUAAGUGGUUUUAGAGUAACUUUAGUGCCGGUCAUUUCACCGAUUAGUGAACUGCAGAUUAAAGAUAUCGUAAAGACAAGCGCGUGCUUCGCUCAGCGCGGCGAAAGCUAUCCAAAAUGUCAUUUCUAAAAUCUACCGGUGAUGUGAUAGGAUUCCUGCUGCUCUCGGCAAUUGCCAUUGUCGAGAGUUUAGUCCGGAUGUUGAUCCCGUUAAAGUAUAGGAUGAAGAGCGUUUCCGGUGAGAUUGCACUUGUUACUGGAGGUGGGGGUGGACUUGGAAGAUUACUUUCACUCAGGUUGGCUGAUCUUGGUGCCAUCGUCGUCGUUUGGGAUAUUAAUAAAAAUGGUAUUGAUGAGACAGUAAAGCUGGUGCAAGCUUCUGGUGGAACUUGCUACGGUUACGUGUGCGAUCUCUGUGAUCGGGAGGAUGUCUACAAAAAAGCAAAAAUUCUGAGACAAGAAGUUGGCAGAGUGGCGAUUCUGGUAAAUAAUGCUGGAAUAGUGAUUGGCAAAAAGUUCCUCGACACUCCAGAUGAACUUCUCAUUCGAACAAUGGAUGUUAAUAUCAUGAGCCAUUUUUGGACAGUGAAGGCGUUCCUUCCUGAAAUGAUGGAGGAAAAUAAGGGCCAUAUAGUUAGUAUAGCCAGUUUAGCAGGCCAUGUAGGAAUUUCCAAAUUAGUAGAUUAUUGUACAUCGAAAUUUGCGGCUGUCGGUUUCGAUGAAGCUCUAAGAAUGGAACUCGAAGCUGAAGGUUACAAGAUUAACACCACAGUCGUGUGUCCCUACUUCAUCCGCAGUACGGGCAUGUUUGAGGACGUUCUUUCAAGGUUCGUACCAACAUUAAGUCCAAACGAAGUAGCUGACAGAAUCAUCCAGGCGAUGAGGUGCAACGAAAAGUUUGCUAUCCUUCCGAGUUACCUACAGCUGUUGCUUGCAAUUAAAUGGCUGUUCCCAUGGCCUUGUGUAGCCAUGUUUCUCCGUGGUCUCGUGAGGGACGCCAGUCCAGGAUCAGAGAAACCCAUGGAGCCAGCAGACAAACCAGAAGUGCCAAAUGAGUCCACCAAAGACCAAAACGGAUCUGCGAUACAUCAUCAACUGACCAGGCGCAUCUCGAGCUCGGAAAGAAAACCCUAGAAUACAUUUGAGCGUACCUUUGAUCGCGAAAUGAUCGAUUUGCUAAAUCAUAGUUUUCAAAAUCAUAAACCGCGAGGUGGCUUUGCACUGGCAGGCAUAAAGCCAGGGUGUGAUGCGGAAAGUAUGAAGAAAGAGGCGCACGCUUUCGCGAGCACCUGCUCGUGUGGCACAACGAGUUAUAACGUCAAAAGAUUGAAAGAAUGCAUCUAAGAGAGAGAGAGAAACGGAGCAUAUGAGAGAAAAAGUAGUAGAGCAGUAACUCUACUUGGAUUUUAUGUACAUUUUGUAUUUCUACCUAUAUAAUUGCUCAAUAGAACCCAAGAAGGGACCCAGGAACGUGCAUACGCUUAGAAUCAAACAACAAAGUUUACAGUAAAGAGGUCUUCCAUUCAAUAAAAAAAGAAAUGUUAAUUUUUAUAGUGGAAAUAUUUUUUCAUAAUCCACCAUGAAAAAUGUUUUGCAGGAAAAAAACGCAUUUUUCUUAUGAAAGCCGCGAAUCGGUUAUUAAAUCAGUUAUGGUUCCUCAUAUCGUAGAAGUUUUAUGUGCAACACAAUAGGAGAUUUGUGAUUAGACCCCAUGAAUCUGCAAUAAUAAUUAUCGAACCUCCCUGGUUGAUCCUGCCAGUAUAGGCGUAUCUUUGUCUAAAAGAUUAAGAUAUCAGGGUGACCGCAAGACAUUCAGUUUCACUGACCAUCAAUAUUUAAUCUCCAAAAGUUACUAAUUUAUAACCCAAAAAGUAACUAAUUUUAUCAUUUUAAAUAUUUUGAUUAAUAAGACCUCAAAACAAUCCAAGUUAAAUUCAAAAGAAUUCAAAUAAAUGGAAAUUUUUUAUUCCAUUCAUUAUAGUGGGGAUAGUUUGAGGGAUACUAGAAGAAUUCAUAUAAAUUCAAGUGAAUUGAAAAUGAUUCAAAAAUACAAAAAAGUUCAUGGAAUUCGGUAAGUUUAAAAUUAAUUUGAAAAAUACAAGAGAAUUCAAAAGAAUUUGAUGCAAUACCUAAGAAUUUAAGUGGUUACAAAAAAAAAACAAGA